AUGGUUUCAAUAUCAGAAGUUAAAGAUUCACAAUCACAACAAUCUAGAACAGCUGCUCAUACUCAUAUUAAAGGAUUGGGUUUAAAUGAACAUGGUAUUGCUAAACAUAUUGAAGGUGGUUUUGUUGGUCAAAAUGAUGCAAGAGAAGCUUGUGGUAUAAUUGUUGAUUUAAUUAAACUGAAAAAAAUGUCUGGUAAAGCUAUUUUAAUAGCUGGUCCUCCUGCUACUGGUAAAACCGCUUUAGCUUUAGCUAUAUCUCAAGAAUUAGGUCCAAAAGUUCCAUUUUGUCCUAUAGUUGGCUCUGAAUUAUAUUCAACUGAGAUUAAAAAAACUUCCGCUUUAAUGGAAAAUUUUAGAAAAGCAAUUGGGUUAAGAAUUAAAGAAAUUAAAGAAGUUUAUGAAGGUGAAGUUAUAGAAUUAACUCCUGAAGAAGCUGAAAAUCCUCUUGGUGGUUAUGGUAAAACAAUUAGUCAUGUAAUAGUUGGUUUAAAAACUGCAAAAGGUACAAAAUCUUUAAGAUUAGAUCCUUCAAUUUAUGAAAGUAUUCAAAAAGAAAGAGUUUCAAUUGGUGAUGUCAUAUAUAUUGAAUCAAAUACUGGUUCUGUGAAAAGAGUUGGUAGAUCUGAUGCUUAUGCAACAGAAUUUGAUUUAGAAGCUGAAGAAUACGUUCCAUUACCAAAAGGUGAAGUUCAUAAAAAGAAAGAAAUUGUUCAAGAUGUUACAUUACACGAUUUAGAUGUUGCAAAUUCAAGACCUCAAGGUGGCCAAGAUGUUUUAUCGAUGAUGGGUCAAUUAUUAAAACCUAAAAAAACUGAAAUUACUGAUAAAUUAAGAAAUGAAGUUAAUAAAGUAGUUUCAAAAUAUAUAGAUCAAGGUAUUGCUGAAUUAAUCCCUGGUGUUUUAUUUAUUGAUGAAGUUAAUAUGUUGGAUAUGGAAAUUUUUACAUAUUUAAAUAGAGCUUUAGAAAGUUCAAUUGCUCCAAUAGUUGUAUUAGCUUCAAAUAGAGGAUUAACUACAAUAAAGGGAUCUGGUGAUGAUACAAAAUAUGCUCAUGGUGUACCUCCAGAUCUAAUUGAUAGAUUAUUAAUUGUAAAAACUUUAAAUUAUAAUUUAGAGGAAAUUAAAGUAAUUAUACAAAAAAGAGCUACAUUAGAAAACUUAUCAUUAGCUCCAGAAGCUUUGGAAAAAUUAUCAAAACAUGGUUUAAAUACAAGUUUAAGAUAUGCUUUACAAUUAUUAACACCAGCUGGUGUUUUAAGUUCAACAAAUGGUAGAAAUGAAAUAACACUUGAAGAUAUUGAAGAAUGUGAAUUAUUAUUUUUGGAUUCAAAUAGAUCUACAAAAGUUUUACAAGAUAAUAAAACAUUCUUAUAA